CACAUUCUUUUGUGUGAUUCGCCAACCCAACUUUUACACUCUUUUUCAAAGUACAUACAAAAACACAUUGUUUUUUCACAAUGUUGGUCAUCCCAACAAUACUCUCCUGCCUCUCCCUGGCCCAGGCGGCCAAUAUCUUCGUUUCCCCCAAGGGCGUAGCGACCCCGGACGGCUCCCAAGCCAAGCCCUUCUCCGACAUUCAAGCUGCAGUCAACAUCUCCCAGCCGGGCGACGUCAUCAUCCUCCGCGGCGGCACCUACGACCUGCUCAAGAACAUCAACAUUACUGUCAACGGCACCGCCGCUGCCCCCAUCACCCUGCACGCCGCCAAGGAUGAGGAGGUCAUCAUCGACGGCGAGGGUCUGCCGGAUACCCCCGCGCCCGUCGGCGCUUCCGUGCUGGGCCGGAACCGUGGUGUGCUCCACGUCGAGCGCGUGCAGUACUGGAACUUUGCUCGUCUUACCUUUACGCACGGCGCGUACGGCGUGUACGUGAAGGACUCGAGCAACUUGCGCUUCAACCAGAUUGUUACCCGCGAGAACUACGAGAGCGGGUUCCAUAUGCAGGGUGCCCUAUCUAACAACGUUAUCUCGUACCUUGACUCGUAUGGUAACCGCGACCCGAGAAACAACGGCGAGAACGCCGAUGGCCUUGCUAUCAAGGAGGGCAAGGGCGAGGGCAACAUUGUUGUUGGAAGCAGAUUCUGGGAUAACUCUGACGAUGGUGUCGACUUCUGGUGAGGCCUUCCAUGUUUAGUGUUGUUAUCAUAAUGCAGAAACUAACAGUAUCGCAGGGAGUUCCACUCCAAGUUGACCAUCAAGGACAGCAUCGCGUGGGGCAACGGCUUCAACCGCUGGGUAAGUCAACAUCAUACUCAUAGCCCAUUCUCACUACGCCGUUCUAACAACCCACUCAGGACAUCCCCGACUUCACCGGCAACGGCAACGGCUUCAAGCUAGGCGGCGGCAGCGCAGGCGACAUCCUCCCCGCCGCCCGCGACGUCAUCAACUGC